AAAAGUAUAUCAUGACAUGAAUUGCAAAAACACCGUAACGUUUUAGAAAGAAAGAGAGAAGCAUGAUGAUAUACCUUCUUGUACUAUUCUGCAUCUUCGGAGUGCUAACACCUGCAGGGUGUGAUAGAAGUUCAGUUUAUUUAACCGGUGGCGCCUAUCCAUACGAAGGAACGGUGCACGUAUUUCACAAUGGCACCUAUGGGACAAUAUGUGAUGACGAAUUCGAUACGAACGAGGCGAAUGUAAUAUGUCGCAUGUUGGGAUACCAGAGUGGCGAUGCAUUCAGUCAAGCACGUUUCGGCGCAGGCACAGGGAAUAUAUCCAUGGACGAUGUCCAUUGCUCUGGUAGAGAAAUCGACAUAAGGUCAUGUCCUUUUAAUGGAUGGGGCGUCAACAACUGUGGUCACGCUGAAGACGCUGGGGUGAGAUGCUAUACUACCCGUGUAAGAUUGAUCGGGGGCAGGGGAAAUUACGAGGGAACAGUGGACGUUUUUGAUUCCUCUCAACGCCUUUGGGGGACUAUCUGUGACAAACACUUCACAGAUUUCGAUGCCACCGUCUUCUGUCGGAUGGUGGGCUUUCAGUCCGGCAUAGCAGUGACUGGGUCCAAGUAUGGAGAACUCACCUACGGUGUAAUCUGGACAGAUAAUCUCGGUUGCACCGGAAACGAAACCGAUAUAAAGCAAUGCCGCAAUGCGUCGUCAACUUGGAACCAAAGAACGUCGUGCAAUCAUUCUACCGAUGCUGGUGUUAUUUGUGACCACACCCCGUUGAGACUCGUGGGAGGUAAUCUACCUUCCGAGGGUCGUGUCGAGGUGCAGCGCAACGGAGUUUGGGGUAGCAUAUGUUCAAAGGGGUUCACAAAGAACGACUCUGAUGUCAUUUGUCAUAUGCUGGGAUUCAACAGUAGUGACUUGUCGAUUAAUCUGAACUUUGGUGGAGGAUCCGGUCCUGUAUGGCUUGGUGGCAUCGGUUGCCAUGGUCACGAAUCUGACGUCAGUUUCUGUAGCAACGUGCAGUGGGAUAAUAAUACGUGUAACCAUGACAACGACGUCGCUAUUUCAUGCGCCCAAACUGAAGUUCGUUUGACGGGAGGCAGUGGCCCCUGGGAGGGAACGGUAGAAUUGAACGUGGAAGGGCAGUGGCGGACCAUUUGUGACGCAAACUUCAGUGACACCAGUGCUGAUGUCAUCUGUAGAAUGCUUGGUUACACUGGAAGAAACGCACCACAUCAGAUUUUUUACAACGACUAUUAUGGUCACGUAUCGUCACAUACCACGUUCAUAGACCGGAUCACGUGCAUCGGGGACGAAAGUGACGUCAGCCAGUGCGUGUCGGUGUUCCAUAGCACGUGUCCGUCCUCUCAGACAGUCGGACUUAGAUGCGAGGGCGUGCAGGUGCGCCUAGUUGGCGGAGCUCACAGCACGGAGGGCCGUGUCGAGGUGCUGCACGAUGGCCAAUGGGGGACGGUGUGUGACGCUGGCUGGGACGAUACGGACGCCACUGUGAUCUGUCGAAUGCUCACCCAGUACCCGUUUGAAAGUGACGUCGUCGGUAAAGCCGUCAUGGCAUCGUAUUUCGGUCGCGGAGAGGGCCCUGUCGCGAUGUCUGACGUUAGAUGUUCCCACAACGUCAGUGACGUCAGAGAUUGUGCAGUUGACUGGAACGGUGGCGUCAACUGCGAUCACUCUCGUGACGCCGGCGUUAUUUGUGAUUUUAAUAGUGCUAAAAUUUUGAUUGGUGGAUCAAGUACCAGUGAAGGCACUAUCGAGUUUAAGCAGGGUUUGGGUCGCUACACAUAUUGUGAUGACGAUUUCGACAACAAUGACGGUGGUGCAAUUUGUCGAGAACUUGGUUUCUGGAAUCCAGCGCCUGUCGUUUACAACAGCAGCCAUUUUGGCGUCGGUGCUUCCCCCUACAAAAUCAGACCCGAUUGCACCGGAAGUGAGGGCAACAUAGAAAUGUGUCGUCUGAAGACGCGAUUUCAUACGGAAACAUGCGGCGUAUAUCACACAGCGGGAGUGGAUUGUAACCCAACAGAUAUCAGGUUGUCUGGCGUCCGGCUUGUUGAUGGACCGGGCCCGUGGAACGGUCGACUAGAGCUACGGUCCAACGGUGGGUGGGGAAGUGUCUGCUACGAUAGCUGGGAACCGGCUUAUGCAAAUGUCGUUUGCCAGACUCUUCGUUAUUCAGCAGACAACGCCAACGUGACGAGCUACCCGAUACCACAUGGUCUGACGUCGAUGUUCGCGGGUUCACUCAUGUGUAACGACACUGUCCGGAAUCUGGGUCAGUGCCUGAUGGACUACGAUAUCUCCAACUGCAGCAAGACGCGCGCGCAUGCGGUGGGCAUCGAUUGUUCCGGUGAUUUUUCGGUGUCCCUAAGUUAUCCCGGAAACUUAAGUGGACAAGUCUUCAUCCAUACCGGCAAUGGCAAGAAGUGGUCCGUAUGUGCCAACGGUUUAACCACGAAUGCGGCUGCCGCGUUGUGCUCCAUGGCGGGUUUCCGACACACACGGCCGAACAUCAGCACCGUCAUGUCGCAAGUUCCGGUGCUCUUCAGCGACAUCGCCUGCGACGGCUGGGAGAGCCACGUGCUUCAGUGCUCCACGAUCAACGGCUCCACCGGAUGCGACGAUAAGGCCGCUGUCGACUGCUUUAACGGCUGCGUUCACUAUUUUGAGGGAACAUCCGGUACGCUCACCUCUCCAAGAUAUCCCGGUUAUCAGGGCAAUUCGGACUGUUUGUACGUCAUUAGGAACGCGGCGGGACAACCGACAAAACUCGACUUCACUGAUCUUGACCUUGCCGGUGACGGCGAUUUUGUUGAGGUGACGGACGGUAUCGGGGGCCGUCAGCUCGGUUACUAUGAAGAUUCUGCCAAGCCCCCUUACCUCGUUAGCGACAAGCCCAUAUAUAUUCGACUCCAUUCCAACGCCAAUGGUCAAGCACGAGGUUUCAGUGCGACCUACUCACCCUUAAAGAUAGAAGACACCGUAAAUCUUGGCUGCGGACAUUCCAGUUGGAAUGUAGCCGUAAACACAACCAUGUUGAGACUUUUGUAUCCCGACACCGGCGUGUCCCAGAUCAAACUCACCGACCAGUACUGUACGGGGAGGAUCAUGGGGGAUUUAGUGGUGUUUAACCAACGCUACACCGAAUGUUCAUCGACUUCAAAAACAAAUGCUGACAACGUUGUGUAUAAUAACCAACUUGUGUAUCCCGAAUCGAACACCCCGUUUCCGAUCAUUCUGCACGGUUACCGAUGGAAGGUUGAAGUAGAAUGCGAUGUUUCGCGGACGGAUACUCUGUCCUCCAAUUUCCAUCCCAACCAAUCAGUGAUCAGCCAGGCCCCCCACGUUACCGGAAGUGCGCAUUACCAGUCAGAGGUCAAGUUCUUCACCGAUAGUACCUUCUAUAAGGAGAUAACUGGCAAUCCAGUGGUUUUAAAAACAGGAGAAGACGUGUUUGUGCUUGUACGGAUGAACUCGGAUGAUAUCCACGUGAAAAUGAGGAUUGACACGUGCUACGCCAAGCCAGAUCCGAACGCUGGAGCCGACCUCGCAUACAUGCUGAUUAACAAUGGGUGUGUCGUGGACCCAUAUACGCAGAUCCUCUCUCAGGGAACCCACGAGACCAAGUUCGUUUUCAACGCUUUCGAAUUUCCACAGGCACAUGACUCCGUGUACAUUUACUGUACGACGACCUUCUGCCAGACGAACGAUGCAAGCAGACGAUGUACGCAGACGUGUGUAGGGACGCCCUCUAUCGUUGGAUGAUAUAGAGAUUUUUGAAUUAGCGUCUUUAGUUUUUUAUGUUGUAUCAUACCUCGAUAACUCAGGUGUUUCUUUUUGCGUUUACUGGACAUGUAAAUAUGUAUUAUAUAAUAAAGAUAUGGCAAGGAA